UCGAUAUUCAGAUUCUACUUUGGAGUUUAACUUUCAAAUGAGCACAAACAAUGCCACCCUGUAUAUAAUACGGAAAACGUCAAUAGACGUGCUUUCUUGUCUUCUGCGUCUGCGUGGGAUCCACGAACGUCGUAUCCUGCUGCAGAGCGCAAACUCAAGAAGGAAAUUCCCAAUUUUCCGGAUUGCUGAAUGCUGAUGUCGAAGCCAUUGUCAUUCGGCCACGGGCCACAACAGACUGUACGUGGAAUUUUGGUGUUGUAGCUUAUCGAUUUUCAUAAGUUUAUGAUCCAUAUUUUCUAGUUGAAGUGUGUAGAAGUGCACAAAAUCGUCAAAAUGGGCUCCCUGUUUCGUAGUGCUGAAAUGACAUUAUGCCAGUUAUUUUUGCAAAGUGAGGCAGCAUAUGCAUGUGUUUCAGAACUGGGAGAACUCGGGCUGGUGCAGUUCAGAGAUCUAAAUCCUGAUGUUAAUGCCUUCCAACGCAAGUUUGUAAAUGAAGUUAGAAGAUGUGAUGAAAUGGAAAGGAAGCUACGAUAUUUGGAAAAAGAAAUCAAGAAGGAUGGCAUCCCAAUGCUGGACACUGGAGAAAAUCCUGAAGCACCACAACCAAGGGAAAUGAUAGAUUUAGAGGCCACAUUUGAAAAAUUGGAGAAUGAACUGAGAGAGGUGAACCAGAACGCAGAGGCACUGAAAAGAAAUUUCUUGGAACUGACAGAACUGAAACAAAUCCUCAGGAAAACCCAAGUCUUCUUUGAUGAGGACAGCCAAGAUCAUCAUUUUUCAAACAACUCAAAUGUGCGUUCGACGCCAGAUUUACCGCAACAUAGAAAUAGUACUGAUCAUUUCAUUUUUUUAUGGCGGACCCGUCACGAGAGGAGGAACAGGUGACGCUGCUGGGCGAGGAGGGACUGCGUGCAGGCGGACAGGCCCUCAAGCUCGGUUUUGUAGCCGGCGUCAUAUUGAGGGAACGCAUUCCGGCGUUCGAGAGAAUGCUAUGGAGAGCUUGCAGAGGAAAUGUUUUUUUGAGGCAAGCUGAGAUAGAGACUCCAUUGGAGGACCCUUCAUCGGGUGAUCAAGUUUACAAGUCGGUGUUCAUUAUCUUCUUCCAAGGAGAUCAGUUGAAGACCAGAGUGAAAAAGAUUUGCGAAGGCUUUAGAGCAACAUUGUAUCCAUGUCCAGAGGCACCAGCUGAUCGCCGCGAAAUGGCCAUGGGCGUUAUGACUCGCAUUGAAGAUCUAAAUACGGUGUUGGGGCAAACUCAAGAUCACAGGCACAGGGUUUUAGUGGCUGCAGCGAAAAAUAUCAAGAAUUGGUUCGUGAAAGUCAGGAAAAUUAAAGCGAUCUACCACACUUUGAACUUGUUUAACUUGGACGUGACACAGAAAUGUCUGAUUGCCGAAUGUUGGGUACCAGUUCUGGAUUUGGAAAAUAUCCAGUUGGCUUUACGGAGAGGGACAGAACGAAGUGGCAGCUCUGUACCUCCCAUUUUAAACAAGAUGGACACACCUGAAGACCCGCCCACUUAUAACCAUACCAACAAGUUCACAUCUGCUUUUCAAACGCUGAUCGACUCUUAUGGUAUUGCAUCGUAUCGAGAGAUGAAUCCGGCACCGUACACGAUUAUUACGUUUCCCUUCCUGUUUGCGGUGAUGUUUGGUGAUUUGGGCCACGGUUGUUUGAUGGCACUAUUUGGUGCUUGGAUGGUGAUUAACGAGAAACCGUUAGCAGCUAAAAAGUCCGACAAUGAGAUCUGGAACAUAUUCUUUGGCGGCAGAUACAUCAUAUUACUGAUGGGGCUGUUCUCAAUGUACACCGGGUUUAUUUACAACGACAUCUUCUCCAAAUCACUGAACCUAUUUGGCCCAAGUUGGCGUAUCUUCAACAUCAGCAAUGCCGACUUGAAGUCUAAGACCGUCUUUGAAUUAGAUGCUCGGGCGGAUCAGAAUUAUCUAGGCACAUCGUACCCCAUAGGCAUGGAUCCAGCUUGGCAACUGGCUACGAACAAGAUUAUCUUCCAGAACUCAUUCAAGAUGAAGAUCUCCAUUAUUCUCGGCAUCAUACACAUGUUGUUUGGUGUGGUCAUGAGCCUCUUCAAUCACCUGUAUUUUAAGAAUAGGCUGAGCAUACUCACAGAAUUCAUACCUCAAAUUAUAUUCCUGACCUUCUUGUUCUUGUACAUGGUCCUGCUGAUGUUCAUCAAAUGGUUUGUGUACUUUGCUAAUAUUUCAGAUGAUGACAUUGUGUACGGUACGCGGUGUGCUCCAUCUAUCUUAAUCACAUUCAUCAACAUGGUGCUGCAGAAGGCGACGCCGUACGAGCCCAAGUGCAAGACGUCGAACAUGUUCGCCGGUCAGAUCGGACUCCAAUACCUGCUUUUCUACAUUGCCAUGAUUUGCGUGCCGUGGAUGCUGCUUGCCAAACCGGUGCUCAUCAUGAGGAAGAGGAAACAAGCGCACGCCUAUUCGGUGACACAUCAACAGAUGGCAUCAGCAACGGAGAACGGCGAUGCGCAGCAGACAGGUGGUGGCACAGGGGGGCACGGCGAGGGCCACGACGAGGAGCCUCUAGGAGAGAUCUUUAUCCACCAAGCCAUCCACACGAUCGAGUACGUCCUCGGCUCCGUCUCGCACACCGCUUCCUAUUUGCGUUUGUGGGCGCUCUCACUUGCUCACGCUCAAUUGUCUGAAGUGCUGUGGAACAUGGUACUGAGCAAAGGGCUGAAAGUGGAAGGGUGGCCAGGAGGUAUCGCCCUAUAUGUGAUCUUCGCCUUCUGGGCCAGCCUGACAGUCUCCAUUCUAGUCCUUAUGGAGGGACUCUCCGCCUUCCUCCAUACCCUUCGAUUGCACUGGGUAGAAUUCCAAAGUAAAUUCUACAUGGGAGCUGGUUAUAUGUUCCAACCAUUCUCCUUUGAAGUAAUCCUAGACUCAGCCUCUCAAUCGAAAGAAGAACCAUAAAUAUUGCAUAGGAAUAUGUAGUGGUACUUAACAUGAUCUAUAUCUAAGAACAACAGUGCAUGAAUUAUAGUUAAUUAUGUGUAUAAUAGCUGAAUUGACAUCCUUUUUUAUUUCUGAUUUAUUUAACUUGUUUGCUUAAUGUGAAUAAAUGGUAAGUGUAUAUAUUUGUUAUUUGUAUGUUGAGUAUUCCCAUUGAACUGGUUUGUGCCUAGAGACAUGUUCGUAUAUAUAUUGAUCAUUUUUAAACGACGUCAAGAGUUUGGUGACCAUUCUGAGUGGAUGACAGGUACAUUUUGUUUCUAAGGAUCGCGUUAAUCACUCACACAUGUUUAUGAAUACCAAUUAGCUGCAAUAAAGAGAGG